AAUUACGGCAUAAUUCCCAUCAUGCCCUCCCCAAGAUGUCUGCGCCCAUGUGUUUUCCUGGCAUAUCAAUGAGUUUCUGAAAUAAGAAUUCUCCACGUUUUUCUUACGUAUAGAUGCCACUUUCUGGACGUUUUUUCUACAUUAGUCACAGAAACAGAACAUUCCUUCGGGCGACGGUUUCGCGAUUUUUCUUGAUGAUGUCUGAGAACCUGUUCACCCCUCCCCCUGGUGUGAGGGGCAUGCAAGUUCUGGACAGACAGGCUUUCAAUCGGACUGUACAAGUACCAGCGAUCAAGAUACCAACUAAAGCCAUUGGUGGACUGCUGAAGCCUCUAAGGAGUAUCCUGCUGAAGCGGCCAAACACCAAGAAAAUAGUGGACAUUCCUGAUGACCAGCAGCACAAGGUCCUGCUGUGUGACCCUGACAAGGUCGUACCUGAGGAAACCCUGACAGGAGAGCACGGGAAACUGCUACAGGAGAAUGGGGUAACAGCUGUUCCACAGCUGUAUGACCUACAGCUGGGUUAUGAGAGCUGGACAGCACAGGAGGUGCUGACUGCUAUCCUGCCAGAGGGAGAGGUUACUACAGCCUUCAGCAGGGUGGGACACAUCGCCCACCUUAACCUGCGGGAUCACCAGCUGCCAUACAAGACCCUCAUAGGUCAGGUAAUCAUGGAUAAGAACCAGGGCAUCACAUCUGUGGUGAACAAGACCAACAUCAUCAACAACACCUUCAGGUUCUUCUCCAUGGAGCUGAUCGCUGGUGAAGACAAAACUACAGUGACCGUUAAGGAGAACCACUGCUCCUUUGCAUUUGACUUUGCCCAGGUGUACUGGAACCCUCGGCUAGGAACUGAACAUGAGAGAAUCACCAACAAGCUCAUGGCUCGUGAUGUCGUGUAUGACGUGUUUGCAGGGGUGGGUCCGUUCUCCAUCCCUGCUGCUAGGAAGAGAUGUGAAGUGCUGGCAAAUGACUUGAACCCCGAAUCCUACAGAUGGCUUGUUCACAACACAAAACUGAACAAGGUACAGGACAGGGUCAGAACUUUCAACAUAGACGGGAGACAGUUUAUUCAGGAGGUCGUGAAGAAGGACAUGAUUGACAGGUGUCGAGGAGAGGACGCUGACCUUCAGGAUCACACGAGUCACGUCAUCAUGAACCUGCCGGCCAUGGCGGUGGAGUUCCUGGACGUGUUCCGAGGACUGCUGGCGGGGGAGACGUUACAGGAGUACAGACCUCCCAUGGUCCACUGCCACACCUUCUCCAAGGCUGAUGACCCAGCGGCAGAUGCCAGGCACAGAGUGGAGGAGGUGUUGGGAGCUGCCCUGCCAAAAGACCACUACAUACACAGAGUAAGAGAUGUGGCCCCAAAUAAGGAGAUGAUGUGUGUGUCCUUCCAGAUGCCACUGGACGUGCUACUCUCUCAGCAGGGGGAGACAGAUCCUUCUGAGCCAGACAGAAAGAAGCUGAAGACAGAGACAUGAAGCACAAGGACAGCAAUACUAGUAUCUUCAGUGCUAAGAAUGUGCUGAAUUGAAUUGAAAAGAUGAUUCUCUCACAGACAUAGUUUACUUAUCAGCUUCAAAUAUUAAUAUCCAUCAUGGAGAUGAAUAGAUUUUUUGGUAUUAUUUUACUAAUGAAUGUAGCUUUGGGAUGAUUUAUAAGUGAUAAGGCAAUGUCAUUUGUAGUUUUUGUUUGGAAAAGAGAUACUGGUAUGGAUGCUUGAGAUAGUAUCAUAACAAUCUCCAUUGCUAGAAUAUAGAAAUCUCUAUACCAACCUAAAUAUGUGUUAGGCAUAGACCAUAUUAAAUGUGAAGAAAUGCUUCUGUAUGUUCACAUUGUGCAGGUUGGAAAUAAAUCAGACAAAAAGUCUUGAUAGAUUAAGAUGGUGUCAUUUGUUUUCUCAAUCUCCAUCAUCCCAUGGAUUAGCCUACAGUACAGGCAUGUAUUCAAAGACAGAGAAUGUAGAA